AAUAAAAAGUAGGAGGCAGGAGUCGGACGGAAGAGUCUCUGCUGAGAGAGAGAAAGGCCGGAGGCGAAAGCGCUCUGCGCGGAGACUUGGAAAAGGAGGAGAGGAAGCGGGCCACUUUUGCGUCGCCUGCUAGCCCCCAGAAGGAAGUCGUCAUCGUUGCGCUGCCGCCCCAACCUUCGCUUCUCGCCGCUCCCCUUCAACCUACUCCGUCGUUACCAUGGCCGCCACCCCUCCGCCUCCUCCUCCUCCUCCGUCCGCCCGCCCUCCCUCGAUCCGGUCACCGUCGCCGGCGUCUACUCCUCUGACUGCCGCCGCGCCUUCGAGUCCGUCGCUGGUGCUCGCUCACGAGAUGCUGUCGCCCUCCAACUCGCCCACAUCUCCGACUCACUCGGCCCACCGAGCGCUGUCGCCCCCCGCUGUUGGUUCCCGCUCGAUGUCCGUUCCCACCUCCCCUCCCGCAACUAACGCAGCUCCCUCGGCCUCGACCAAUGCCGUCGCGAUGAGCACCACACCUGCCCCGCCGUCACUCGCGCACCAGAAUAACACUCGGGAUACACCGCCGACAAAGAAGGUGCUGGAAAGGAACCAGGCGUGUCUGGGUUGUCGCCAACGAAAGCGCAAGUGCGACGGAUGUAAGCCAAGCUGUGGAGCUUGCGAGCGACUCGAUCGGCCUUGUGUUUAUACGAAUAAUGCGGUCACUAAAAUUCAUUCGAGUGCCCAUUAUCGAGCUGAGCAAUCGUCGCUUUCGACCACCCGAGGCUCCAAGACGCCCGCCGCGCAUGAUCCGCCGAUUGCGAUGCGCGGGACUUCCAUGACGCCUAGCCUCACGGUCCCCACGGUCCAUCGCCCGACGCCCAGCUCGACUUCCGGUACCGGCGGAGGAGGUGGCUUCACACCUGUCAACGCGGAUGCUACGGGCGCACGCGUAUCGCCAACUUUCGCGUCGUCGCGACUCUCGCCGAACCUCACUAACGGGAGUACGACUUUCAACCCGCGCAAACGCUCCUUCUCAUCCCUCGACUCGUCGCCCGAUGUCAGCGCGCGCGCGAUUAAUCCCCCGAGCCAUACAACGCACGUGGAAUGCGAUGCGACGCAGUUUGCGACGCAGUUCCUGCAGGCGUCGCCGUUCGUUGGCCUCGCGCAGAUCGAUACCUCUCAUUUGCUGGCUGGCGACGACGCGGUCACGGAUGAGAUGCCAGAGCUGUCAGAUGAUGGGCUCCCUUCGCCGGAGUUGAUGAAAGUACUAUUCAACCUUUUCUUUGAGAAAUGGCAUACGAUUCUCCCGUUUCUGUACAAGAAGCGCGUCAUGGAGGAUAUCGCGUCUAAAGGACCCCUAACCCGGCCGAACACGCUGACUUUUGCGAUUCUCGCCCUCUCGGGCUACCUUCACCCUGACGCCGGAGUGAAAGCGGCUUCUUCUUACUGGGCUACGCUCGGCAAGGCGUGUUUUGAUCGCGCAGUUAGUGAGGGCCAGUUCACGAUGCAUGCAGUACAGGGCGGGAUCUACCUGUGUCUGCGGAUGUUCGGGCUGUCGCAGAUGUCGCAGAUGUGGAUAUUCCUCGGCUCGGUAUGGCGCAUGUGUUCGCCGCUCGGUCUCGACAGGAUCGACUCCAACUCGGCAUUCCGAGGAUUCCUUCCGGACCCGCGUAACGAACUGGAGAUCGAAGAGCGCAGGAGGACUGUGUGGGCGAUUUUCAUUUUGGACCGCCUCUCGACCACCUCCGUGCCCUGGCCCGUGUGUAUCGAUGAUUCGCAGUUCAACGUGAACUUUCCAGUAUCGGAAGACGUCUUUCAGAGUGGAUCACUGGAGAGUGUCGAACACAUGGUCAUCGAUCCCUUUCCCAACAGCUUGGACGGGCUCGUUCCCUCAACGAUGAUGGGUAACAGUCAGAGUCCACAGCGCGAUGCUUACCAGCAUCUCUGCAAGCUCGCUGUCCUCCUCGGCCGCAUCCUCCACCAUCCGCGCCCGCAGCGCUCCUCGACCGAGUCCAUGGCCCUUGAUCUCGCCUUGACGCGCUUCCUUUUGAACAUACCGAAACCAUACCGCUCCAUGAUCGGUGUAUCUCCCAAGGAGAUGCCCACCGUCUUACUACUGGGCUGCACCACUCACGCGUGUACCAUAUUCCUACACGGACGGGACGAACAAGACGGCGAGCAGCGCAGCGUCAACGCGGUGGAAAACAUUCUCACGCUGAUCCGUAAUGUGUCGAGCACGCUGGAUCCCGAUGACGAUAGGGUCCUUGGGAACCCGCUUUUGGCACCUACGUUGUUCAUGGCAGCACGCAUACUGUGUUACCGAUUCGUGUCCCAGGGAGGUGAAGGCGGGAACGGGAACGGAACCGUGCGGAACCAGGUGGAAAUCCUGCUGGAUGCGCUGGGGAGAAUGGAGGAGGGGUGGCCGAAGUUGGCGGGUUUGAUGAAGACCAUCAUCUGCGAGGAUGCCAAGGGAGAUUCCAAGGCAUAGAGAGCAAGAAACCCCUGGGCGUAGGCGUAGAGUAAACAUUUGUCUGCAGGGUUUUGCCGUUAACCUGUUUUUGAUCUGCAGUAGGCGGUGCUUGUAUUUCUAGAUCUGGGAUUCUGGUUUCCUCAUUUUCUUCCUCUUAUUCUUCCUCCUCCUCUUCUUCUUCGUCUUCUUCUUCCUUUUCUUCUUCUUUCUGC